AUGGACCAUAAUAAGUCGGAAUUCAAUCAGUACGAGCCAUUGAAAGCCGAGAUACAUUCUAUUCAAGCGCGCCUCAAUCUGACUCUUGUCUUGUUGAUUGUUUUGUUGGCAUUGAUUGCGAUUCGUUACGCCUAUAAGGGCAUCCGUUGGCUGCGCCACAAACCAUGCGUUUCCAUUGUUCUGAAGAAACUACAACCAAACAAAUUCGUUACCAAUCAUACGCAUAAUGGCAAGGAUCUUGGCGGUACUACAAUACAAAACGUGAUGACCAUAAAUGAGAUCGAGAAUGCGCCAUCCCAAAUUUACAGUGUCACAGGCGCUGAAGGAUCGAUUUUAACUGUGACCACACCAGUCAGCACACGAUACCCAGCGGAAAAUAGCAGCACACCCACAUCGGUACCAACCGCGGAAUACUCAUACGAUAAUCAGGCAUUAGCAGUAACGCCAGUUUCGGAAAAGCCCAGUGGAACACAAGGUUUUUAACAUAUAAGAAUAUAUUAAAUAAUAAAAGAUUAAUAGUAUAAGAGAAUCUGACUAAAACUGUUGGCAAUAUAUACAGGGUGCAGAAAAUGUCUUAGUCCGAAUGGUUUUCUAUA